ACGGAAGUGGUUAGUAUGGUACAUUUCAAUUAUCUAGAAACACUAGACUUGAACAUCUUCCCUCUUCAGCAAAUUGCCAACCUUAGCAUUCUCUCGCUUUCGAAUACAUUGCUGACCACAUACAACCUUCCUCUUCUGACAUUUCUUUUUGUAUGUACCGUGCGCAGGGCAGAUGACAGUGACGUUAUACCUAUAUCUUUAAAAUUACGGAAUCCAGAGAAAUUUCUUUAUUGGCUGGAAGUUUCAGGAGCAUACGUUGGUGACAUUGCUUUCAUCUCGGUCAUCUUUUGCAGAGACGGUACAGAAAUGGCAGCGAUUGCACGAACAGUAGGACCAGCAUUGCAUUUCCUGACCAGGAAGCAAGUCUCUACAUCUCUCUUUGCCCGGGGAUAUGCUGACAUGCCUUUUACUCUUGCUGCUGGUAAUCAGGUAUUCUAUGACAAUGCAGAUGUUAAACAAGUUGAUGUACCGUCUUUCAGCGGUACCUUCGGCAUCUUACCAAAACACGUACCCACUCUUGCAGUUCUGAAGCCUGGAAUUGUGACUGUCUUUGAAAAUGAUGGCAAAACCAACAAGAUCUUUGUAUCAAGUGGAACUGUCAGCAUUAAUGAUGACUCUUCGGUACAAGUGCUUGCAGAGGAAGCAUGCCUAGUACAACAGUUGGAUGCUGCAGCUGCACGAGAAGUUCUGAGUAAGGCACAGAGUGAUCUGGCAUCUGCAUCAACUGAUGUAGCAAAGGCAGAGGCUGCAAUUUCUGUUGAAGUGGGAGAAGCCCUUGUUAAAGCUGCCGAAUAAAAGUAGUUACUAGAAAAAUUAUCAAGAUAAACUGCCACAGAUUAAAAGCAAAAAAUUCAUCAAACUAUUGUGUAUAUAUAUUUAGUUGUAUUUUGUUUUCAAUAAAUUCGUAAUAGCA